UGAGAAACCAAAAGGCUGUAAUGGUCCUAAUGGAUUAAACUCCCUUACCAAAAAAAAAAAGAAAGAAAAUAAUGGAUUAAAGUCAUUAAACUCUGAAGAGUAUUCGCUCUCUCUCUUCCCCCAAAAAGUAUACUCCUCUCCAGUUCUCGUUCUUCCCCCUCUCUGCUUGGCGUUUAUGCAUUAUGCGCUACCUUCUUCUCAGUUCUUAAGAGGGACAGACAGUAAUAAGAAGCUCUCCUCCCUCUUCCUCUCUUUAAGCUCUUGGGUUUUGAUUUUAAAGGGUGAAAUCAUCAGAAAUUGAGAAUGCCAGGGAUGGAUGGAUCAGCAAAGCCUCCCCAAAUCUCCGAAAUGUUCCAGAAAUUUGCUCUGGCUUUCAAGACCAAAACCAUCGAAUUCUUCGCAGAAGAAGAUGAAGACGAUGAAACCCUUUCCCUCCUCGACUCCAAUGAAGAAAUCAUCACCGGGCAGCGUGUCGUCGUCCUUAAACCCGAUUACCUACCCAAACCAACCCCUCCCAUUCUAACCCAAUCUCAACCUCAACCGCCACAAGCACAAGCACAAGCACAAGCACAAGCACAAGUACAAGCACAGGCUCAACCACAGCCGCAACCACAACAACAGGAACAGCAACAUUUGUGUCGUUCAAUUUCCAACGGCAAUCACCAAGGCAAUAACCUCCAAGCCCUAAUCCCUUCCCUGUUCGCUACCAUUUCCAACUUUGAGGCUUCCUACCUGCACUUCCAGACAGCUCAUGCCCCAUUCGAUGCCGACAACAUCAAAGCCGCCGAUAGAGCUGCAGUCUCACACCUCCAGGACUUAUCCGAGCUCAAGCAAUCCUACAGAAGCUUCUGUAAAAACCCGACCCUCAACCCACCUGGUUUUCCUCUGGUUUCUCCUCUGGAAGCGCAAGUGAAGGAGAAUCAGAACCUACUCCGUGGUCUCGAGAUGGUCGUUAACAGGUUGCAGUCCGACAUCGAUCUCAAAGACGCCGAGGUUUAUGAAUUAAAGCAAAAGUUGGAGAGGAUUCAGAAAUCAAAUUUGAGGUUGUCCAAGAGAUUGUCCAGUUCCAAUUCUAAUUGGAAAACGAAACCCAAUUCUUGGCCGUCGUCUUCUUUUGUUCCUGCUUCCCCUGAGGUCAUGCUGUCCGCUGGAGUCUUCGAUUCGGUGUUGAAGGACGCUUGUAGAUCCUCGCAUAGUUUUACCAAGCUCUUGAUUGAUUUGAUGAACAAAGCUGGGUGGGAUUUGGAUUUGGCUGCGAAUUCUCUUUAUUCGGAUGUCAAGUACGCCAAGAGAGGGCACAACCGGUAUGCUUUCUUAUCCUAUGUCUGUUUAUUGAUGUUCGAAGGUUUCGAUUCUGAGGAUUUUGGUUUGGAAGCGGAUGAGGAUCGGUGCAACGGUGUUGAGUCGUCUGCCGUUCGGCGGAAAAAGUUUCUGAGGCAAUUCGUCGAGCAUGGAACAGGUGAUGCAAUGGAGCUUCUGGGUCGGGACCCAAGCAGCGAUUUUGCAAUAUUUUGUGACAAGAAAUACCAAAAACUCGUCCACCCCACGAUGGAAUCCUCCCUCUUCAGAAACAUGGAGGAGAACGAAGUGGUAUUGGAUUCUUGGAGGUCAUCCUCUGUUUUCUAUGAGUCGUUUGUAACAAUGGCUAGCUCAAUUUGGAUGCUUCAUAAGUUGGCCUUUGCAUUCGACCCUGUGAUUGAGAUUUUUCAGGUCGAGAGAGGGGAUGAUUUCUCCAUGGUUUAUAUGGAGAAUGUCACUAGGAAAGCUGUGUGGCCCGGUAAAACUCGACCCAAGGUGGGAUUCACAGUGAUUCCAGGCUUUCGAAUUGGAAGAACUGUCAUACAGUCUCAAGUUUAUCUCGUUGGGAUGAGAUGUGCAGAGCAAGUGAUUCCCCAUUUUACGGUGUAAAAGAAAAAAAUGAGAAUGCAUUAUAUAAAUGUGGCUUUUCUAUAGAGGAGGACCAAAUGGUGAUCUUGAUGGAACAAUAUUUGUUCCCUAACCUGCUUUUGGGCUUUGCAAUUCAUUUGCAUUGACAUCUCUGAAGAGCUCGUUUUGUUGGCCAUCCAGACUAAUUCCAGAAUUCGGGACAGGAUGUGGAAUCUGGUAAUGCCUCCGUUUGGUGCUAAGAAAGAAUGCUAUGACAUACGCAUUAUAAAAGGAGACUUUUGGCUGUGCUCUGAGAAUCACUCUGUUCUGCAAGUUUUAAGCCAUCUUCUUCUCCUUGAUGAUUGGAUUUGGUUUUCCCUUACAUCUUUCAAUUAGUUCUCUGGUGAGUUCCAUGUAUAGCUUGUGUAAAGCAUAGUUUCACAAUUUUUUUUGAGUCUUGUGUAUUGGUUUUAGUCUGACACAAAUAGCUUACAGAUAUAUUUAUCUAAAUCCAAGUGUAUCUCUCAAAGAGAGUUUUGGGUU